UUUGGUAGGACAAUGUUGACCUUGGCGAUUUAAUGUUCUCGCUGUGCUACCUCCCUACUGCGGGAAGACUUACCAUCACCAUCAUAAAGGCAAGAAACCUCAAGGCCAUGGAUAUCACAGGGGCAUCUGAUCCUUAUGUGAAGGUGUCAAUAAUGUGUGAAGGGAGGAGACUGAAGAAAAGGAAAACAUCAACAAAGAGGAACACAUUAAACCCAGUGUAUAAUGAAGCCAUCGUGUUUGACGUGCCGCCAGAGAAUAUUGAUCAGAUCAGUUUAUUAAUAGCAGUGAUGGAUUAUGACCGUGUAGGUCACAAUGAGGUCAUCGGGGUAUGUCAAGUUGGCAACGAUGCAGAGAGCCUAGGCCGGGAACACUGGAGCGAAAUGCUGUCGUAUCCCAGGAAACCCAUCGCCCACUGGCACCCACUUGUAGAGUGGUCUGCUCAAAAUGCAGCAACCGGCAAUGGGUCUUGCAAUUCACUGAAGGGUCCACCAUCUCCAUGA